UUCGAAUACUAAUUCAAUUUCCAACUAUUCUCUCUAAAAACGAGCUUUCGUUGCUACUUUGCUGGUCAGAAUUGAUAAGAAGGCAAUAUGGAGCAGGCAGAAGCUUUUAAUUUAGAUACGGUUCAUAUCCAGAAUAAUUGGAACUUUUUCAGUCAUUUGCCAUUACUUUAUUCAUCGAGUUUAAAUGAUGUUUCGUUGGCCAGUGGCGUCAAAUCAAAUGGUACUUUAGCUGCUGGAAAUGGUUGGUUUUCGUGUACACAUUCAGAUGGUUGGGGUCCUAUAUCCAAUAAAUAUCUUGACUUGACUCCAUGUUUCGUUCAAGGUAUUCUUUUUGGGGUAGCUUCUCUUGCCAUGAUUUUAGUAGGAUCUUACCAUGUUCAGAGUUUAAGAACUUGUAAACCUUCUACCAGUAAUAGAAUUUCGUGGUCUUUCUAUACCAAGUUAUUAUUAGUUUUCGUUCAAUUGGUUUUUCAAUUGGUUUUGUAUUUUAAUUAUCACAAAUUUGAUGUUAUUAAUACUUCGAAUGGCUUAAAUGCUAUUGCAAUCUUGGUAGCAUACGCUAUUCAUUAUGUUGAGCAGUUCAAAUCUACUAUUCCAAGUGGUGUUUUGUUAUUCUAUUGGUUAUUUCAAAUCGUUUUCGGUUUUGGUAAAGUGGUCAAUUUAAAAUUAAGAGAUACCAUCAAGGAACAGUACGGUAUUUUCACCAUUCUCUCUCUUGUGAAUGCCUUCUUCAUUCUUGUGCUAGAAGUAAGCUUUCCUCCUAGACCAGUGAGUUCUUUUGAUGACUUGAAAAAAUCUCCUUUCGAUAGAGCUCAUGUUUUCUCUAGAAUUACUUUUGCUUGGAUGAAUCCACUUAUGAGAAGAGGUUAUUUGAAGUUUUUAGAUGAAAAAGAUUUACCCUUUUUACCUAAAGAUUUGAAAUCAAAUUCUACGUCAGAAAGUUUCUAUCAUUAUUGGUAUUCUCAAACCAAACCUUCUUUGUUUUGGGCACUUGCAAAAGCCUUCGGUGCUGAAUUUGUUCUUGGUGGUCUCUUUAAAGGUUUACAAGAUAUAUUGGGUUUUGUUCAACCUCAAUUAUUAAAACUUUUGAUCAGAUUUGUAAAUGAUUACACCGAAUCUUUGAAAGAAGGUGAACCAAUUCCUUUAACCAGGGGAUUAAUGAUUGCCGUUUCUAUGUUUUUUGUAUCUGUGACCCAAACUGCUUUCUUACAUCAAUACUUUCAAAGGGCUUUUGAUACUGGUAUGAAAAUUAAAACAUCAUUAACUUCAGUCGUUUAUAACAAAUCUUUGGUCUUAUCGAAUGAAACUAAACAGGAAUCUUCAACUGGUGAUAUUGUUAAUUUAAUGUCUGUUGAUGUCCAAAGAUUGCAAGACUUGGUUCAAAACUUGCUGAUUGUUUGGUCUGGUCCUUUCCAAAUUUUCUUAUGUUUAUAUUCAUUACACGGAAUUCUUGGAAGUGCUAUGUGGGCUGGUGUUGCUGUUAUGGUCAUCAUGAUUCCUUUAAAUAGUUUUAUCGCCAGAUAUCAAAAGAAGUUACAGAAAACUCAAAUGAAAAAUAAAGAUGAAAGAUCAAGAUUAAUCAGCGAAAUCUUGAAUAACAUUAAGUCAUUAAAAUUAUACGGUUGGGAAAAACCAUACUUGGAAAAAUUGAAUCACGUUAGAAAUGAAAAAGAAUUGAAGAACUUAAGAAGAAUGGGUGUCUUUGGUGCUGCUUCCAACUUUACUUGGACUUUGGCCCCUUUCUUAGUUAGUUGUUCUACUUUCACCGUUUUCGUGAUUAUUGGCACAAGUAAUUUAACCACUGAUAUUGUCUUCCCAGCUUUGGCUUUAUUCAACUUAUUGUCAUUCCCAUUAGCGGUCUUCCCCAUGGUUAUCACCAAUAUUGUUGAGGCUCAAGUUGCUAUUUCAAGAUUAACUAACUUUUUAACGAGUGCUGAAUUACAAUCUGAUGCUGUCAUUAGGGGUCCAAGCGUUCAAAAUGGAGGUGUUGCUGUUUCUAUCAAAAAUGGUACCUUCUUGUGGUCAAAACCCAAAGAUGAAGAAAACUUUAAAGUUGCUUUAUCCAAUAUCAACUUGAAAGUUAAGAAAGGUGAACUUGAUUGUAUUGUUGGACGAGUUGGUUCUGGUAAAUCCUCUAUUAUUCAAUCUCUUUUGGGUGAUUUAUAUAAAUUGGAUGGUGAGGUAAAGGUCAAUGGUAAAGUCGCUUAUGUCCCUCAAGUUCCAUGGAUUAUGAAUGCUACCGUUAAGGACAAUGUUUUGUUUGGUCAUAAAUUUGAUGCUCAAUUUUAUGAUCGUGUUUUGAAGGCAUGUGCAUUAAAUAUCGAUUUGAAAAUAUUACCAAAAGGUGAUAAGACUGAAGUUGGUGAAAAGGGUAUCUCUCUUUCUGGUGGUCAAAAAGCUAGAUUAUCUUUGGCUAGAGCUGUUUAUGCUAGAGCUGACGUUUACUUAUUGGAUGAUCCAUUGAGUGCUGUUGAUGAACAUGUUGGAAAGCAUUUGAUUAGUCAUGUUCUUGGGCCAAACGGUUUACUUAAAUCAAAGUGUAAGAUUUUGGCUACUAACUCAAUCGGUGUAUUGAGUAUUGCUGAUAAUUUACAUAUGGUCAAGGAUGGUAAGCUUGUGGAACAAGGAACUUAUGAUGACAUUAUGAAACAAGAAAAGAGUCAAUUGCGUCAAUUGAUAAAGGAUUUUGGUAAGAAAAGGGACAAUUCCGGCACUGCCACUCCUAUGUCUGCUACUUCUUCAGUUAGAAAAGAAGGUUCUGAAAACCCUAGCGAAAUUGAUUUUUCUAAUUUGGAAAGUGAUUCCGAUUUGGAUGUCUCGAGUUUAAGAAGAGCUUCUGAUGCUUCUUUGGUUCCAGAUGAAGAACUUGGAGAAGAAGAAGAAGAAGACGAAGAUACAAAAGCUAGAAAAGAGCAUAUGGAACAAGGGCAAGUUAAAUGGGACGUAUAUAAAGCUUACGCCCAAGCCUGUAAUCCAUACAAUAUUUGUAUGUUCUUAGGUACAACUGUCACUUCCAGUGGUAUUGGGGUUCUUUCAAACAUUUGGUUAAAACAUUGGUCUGAAGUUAACUCACAGUACGGCUAUAACCCACACGUAGUAAAAUACUUGGGGAUUUAUUUCUUGUUGGGUAUUGCUUUCUCUGCUUCUGCUUUCACCAACUCCGUUUUUAUGUGGGUCUUCUGUACUAUUCAUGGCUCUAAGAAAUUACAUAGUGCUAUGGCAGUUAGUGUUUUGAGAGCACCAAUGUCUUUCUUUGAAACAACUCCAAUUGGUAGAAUUCUCAAUAGAUUUUCUAAUGAUAUCUAUAAAGUUGAUGAGAUUUUAGGUAGAGUUUUCAGCAUGUUCUUUAGUAAUACUGCUAAAGUCUUAUUUACCAUCAUUGUCAUCUGUUUCUCUACUUGGCAAUUCAUCUUCAUUAUCAUUCCAUUGGGUGUGCUUUAUGUUUAUUACCAACAAUUUUAUUUGAAAACUUCAAGAGAAUUAAGAAGAUUAGAUUCAGUUUCAAGAUCCCCAAUUUAUGCUAACUUCCAAGAAUCCUUAAAUGGUGUUUCUGUUAUCAGAGCAUACGAUCAAGCAACCAGAUUUAAAUUCUUGAAUCAAGGAAGAGUUGAUAGAAAUAUGCGUGCUUAUCACCCUUCGAUUAAUUCUAAUAGAUGGCUUGCUGUAAGAUUAGAAUUUUUAGGAUCAAUUAUUAUUUUAGGGGCUUCUGGAUUAGCAAUCCUUACUUUAAAGUCUGGUAGACUAAGUGCUGGUCUUGUUGGUUUAUCGGUUUCUUAUGCUUUACAAAUUACCCAAUCAUUAAAUUGGAUCGUCCGUAUGACUGUUGAGGUUGAGACUAAUAUUGUUUCUGUUGAAAGAAUAAUGGAAUAUUCUUCACUUACUCCUGAAGCUCCUGAAAUUAUUGAAAGCAAUAGACCUCCUACCGAAUGGCCUGAAGCGGGUGAAGUUAAAUUCAACAAUUACUCAACGAAGUAUAGACCCGAAUUGGAUUUAGUUUUGAAAAACAUUAAUGUUGCUAUCAAGUCUAACGAAAAGAUCGGUAUUGUUGGUAGAACUGGUGCUGGUAAGUCUUCCUUAACAUUGGCUUUAUUCAGAAUCAUUGAAAGUUUCGACGGUAACAUUGAUAUUGAUAAUAUUGAUACAAGCUCCAUCGGUUUGGCAGAUUUGAGACGUAAGCUUUCUAUCAUUCCACAAGAUAGUCAAGUUUUCGAAGGAACAAUUAGGGUGAAUUUGGAUCCAACUAAUUGUUUCACAGACGAACAGCUCUGGAAGGCUUUGGAAUUAUCCCACUUGAAGAGUCACGUUAUUAAGAUGUUUGAUGAAAGAUCAAAUAAUGAAGAAAAUGACAUUCAAUCAGCUUUAGAUGUCAAGUUGUCAGAAGGUGGUUCUAAUUUAUCUGUUGGACAAAGACAAUUGAUGUGUUUGGCUAGAGCUCUUUUGAUUCCUUCACAUAUCUUAGUUUUGGAUGAAGCUACAGCAGCGGUUGACGUUGAAACUGAUCAAAUCUUACAAGAGACUAUCAGAACCGAAUUCAGCAAUAGAACUGUUUUGACUAUCGCCCAUAGACUUAAUACAAUUAUGCAUUCUGAUCGUAUCAUUGUUUUGGAACAAGGUGAAAUCGCUGAAUUUGAUUCACCUGCUAACUUGUUGAGCAGGAAAGAAUCGAUGUUCUACGCUUUGUGCAAAGAAGGUGGUUUGGUAGAAAACGAUUAGGGUAUUGCUACCAAAGAAUUAUCUGAUCUAACUAAAGAAAAUGGAAAAGUCUAUAUGUGAAUCAUCAUUAAUCCUAUAAAAGUUAAUAUAUAUGUAUAUAUUUAAUGUUCACUUCUCUUUCUU